AUGUCUGUUAAAACUAUUAACGAAAUUAAUGAGCUUUUAGCUCUUUUGGAAGAAGAAAAAAAACAUCUACAACAAAAUGUUAGAUUUUGUUCCCAAUACUAUAAAAUAGACUUAUCAAUAUCCUAUAGACAACAAGAUAUUACUUUGAUUUCAAAAAUAGUGGAAAUGUUCAAGAAAAGAAAUACAAAUUUAGAAACUGGUCAUUCAAAUUGGAUAAUUUUGGAACUUAUUAAAAAAAAUAUUCAAAAUAGACGCGAUUAUAAUAAAAGAAAAGAAAAGAAAAGAGCCAAUAAAAUUGAUAAUGAUGAUGUUUCUGGUGGUAACUUUGCUCCUGGUGGUAACUCCGCUCUUAAUGGUGAUAAUUCUGCUCCUAACAGUGGUGAUUCUGUUGUUUCUGGUGGUAAUAAAAUUUAA